UCCCGUGUGUGUGUGUGUGUGUGUGUGUGUGUGUGUGUGUGUGUGUGUGUGUGUGUGUGUGUGUGUGUGUGUGUGUGUGUGUGUUCUCUCUCCUCCCCUCUUCCUCCGAACAUGGCGCCGGCUCUGAGCUGCGCUGCCUUCCACGCAGACGACACCGAUCGGGACAGAAAGAAGAGGAAACGGAGGAGAAGCGGACACAGACCGCUGAUGAAGGUCUUCUAAAAGCUUUCUAUUUUUACUUUUUUCCACACUGAGACGCCUCCGCUGUCUUCGCGGUGCAUGCCGGGAGCUUUACGCGCGGCUUUGGAGACGUUUACGCGUCAGUCUGUGCGUAACGGAGCUCCCACCUGUUGGACGGACUCGGUUCGGUCCGGGUUUGUUUGGGGAGCAGAAGGUGCGGAACCAUGUGAGCAGGUGAAGACCCGCAGAGGAACCAAGGACAGGAUGGACGGAGAACCCUGUCCACCGUCCGGAGGAGGAAUGGACAGAGACAAACUGCCUCCCAUCUACUCCAACUGUGCUCCAGCUGGUUUGGGGCACGGAGCCAAGCCGCCGUUUCCGUCUCUGGGCACCUUCAUCUCCACACUGAGUCAGCGGCGGGACACAGGGGGGCGGGGCUUAGCAAGCAUCUCUGGCACCAUGACAACCAACACCAGCCUGAGACAUGGGAGCGAACUGCCGCCAAUCUGUAGCGAUGUCCGUCAGAAGCAGCGGAUCUCCAUCGACACGCUGCCACCGGAGGUCAAAGCUCCGUUCCCCUCUGACCCCAUCAUCCCAUUGCGCACCAAAACCACCAAAGAGUUCCAGGAGGACAUGGAGCGAGCCGUCCAAUCAGGGGACUGGAGGGAGGUCCGGGAGUUUUACCUGACCACCUUCGACUCUUUCAUCGAAAUCAACGCUGCCUUCAAGCGGGAGGCAAACGGAUCUUUUAACACUGUAGACGACUCUGGAGUCAACACCAAGUUUGUCAACACGGUUUAUGAUGCUCUGCUCAGCACCCCGCAGGACAUCCAGAAGUCGGUGCUGAAGGGGAUCAUCAACAGCCUGCUGCGGGAGUGGAAAGGGCCGCGGACUAAAGAUGACCUGCGAGCUUAUUUCAUCCUGGUUCAGAACCCACAGUAUUCUAACACCAGCACCUACGUGAUCUACGCUCACCUGCUGCGGCAAAUAGCAGCGCUGUCUGAAGCCGACCAUCACUUCCUGGUUCACUGGCUCAAAAAGCUCUCGGCGCGGCGCUUCAGGCAGCUGGUGGAGCGCCUCCUGCAGUUCAUCUCCACUCGUCUGUUUCCGGCAGAACCUGACGAGCUGCCUCCUCUGGCCAAGUGCUCCUGGUGGAUCCCGUCUGCGACCAAAGUGCUGAGUCUGUUCAAUGCGGCCAACAGUGUCUCGUCUCCUCCCAUCAUGCCUUUCACUGACUUCUACAACAUCACUCUGGAGCACAUUGACUUCAUGGACGAGUAUCGGACCUGGCAGAACUACGGCAGCUCAAACAAGUUUUCAUUCUGUCAGUUUCCAUUCAUUCUGUCGACGGUGGUGAAGAAAGCUAUCAUCCAAAAAGACUCUGAGCAACAGAUGAUCAGCCAGGCCAGGCAAAGUCUGGUCAGUAAGGUGUCUCGCAGGCAGAGAGUGGACAUGAACCUUCUGUUCCUCAACAUCAAAGUGCGACGAGCACAACUCCUCAGCGACUCGCUGGACGAGUUAACGAGGAAGCGGUGCGACCUGAAGAAGAAGCUGAGGGUGACGUUUGUCGGGGAGGCGGGGCUAGACAUGGGCGGCCUGACAAAGGAGUGGUUCCUGCUGCUGGUGCGACAGAUCUUCCACACCGACUAUGGCAUGUUUACCUACACGAAGGACUCGCGCUGUCAUUGGUUCAGCAGUUGGAAGUGUGAUAACUACUUGGAGUUCCAGCUGGUCGGGACUCUGAUGGGUUUAGCUGUUUAUAACAGCAUCGCUCUGGACAUCCACUUUCCUCUGUACUGUUACAGGAAGCUCCUGACUCCGCCUACUGUACCCUGCGACCAAAAUGCCCUCGUUGGCAUGGCAACCGCCACCCUGGACGACCUGCAGCAGAUCAUGCCAGAGCUGGCUCACGGUUUGGGAGAGCUGCUGAUCUAUGAAGGAAAUGUGGAGGAGGACUUCUGCCUCACCUUCCAGGUGCUGCAGGAGGAGAUGGGCGUGGUCAAGUCCUACAACCUGAAGGCCGGGGGAGACAAGAUUCCUGUCACGAAGCAGAACAGAAAGGACUACGUCCAGCUCUACGUCGACUUUCUGCUGAAUAAAUCCAUUUAUAAGCAGUUUGCUGCCUUCUAUCACGGCUUCCACAGUGUGUGUGCUUCUGAUGCGCUCAUGCUGCUGCGCCCGGAGGAGGUGGAGAUGUUGGUCUGUGGCAACCCAGAGCUGGACAUGAGCAUCCUGCAGAAGGCCGCUCAGUAUGAAGGAUACAGCAAGACGGACGCCACCGUGCGGUGUUUCUGGGACGUGGUGUUGGCGUUCCCGCUGGAGCUGCAGAAGAAGCUCCUUCACUUCGCCACAGGCAGCGACCGUGUUCCAGUUGGAGGGAUGGCUGACCUCAACUUCAAAAUCUCCAAGAUCGAUGUGUCAACUGACUGGUUGCCGAUCUCUCACACCUGCUUCAACCAGAUCUGUCUGCCGCCAUAUCGAACCAGGAAGGAGCUGAAACACAAACUCACCAUCGCCAUGUCCAACGCCGAGGGCUUUGGGCUGGAGUGACGACGCCCACGCUGAACACACACAGGACCGCAAGCUCCUUAGCUGCCCAUCACAGUGGGCCCUGGGUCAGACUGCAGGACCGGGAUCUUUGGUUUGGGUCUCAUUUGUUGCCUUGGCUCUGUGUGUCAACAUGUCUGAGGGAACCAGGUCUUGGUGACCAGCAUGGACGGUGAGUGUGAACUUUGAAGCGCAUCAUGAGCAGAGGUCACCUGCACCGGGGGGGGGGGGGCUGCUCCAGACCGCUUUGGGUCAUGUUCCAUAAUCCACGAGUCCUUUGAAGACCAGAUCUUCUUGGACAACUGCUUCUGUUUGUUUCUGUAUGCAUCUGUCCAGAGCCAGAUCUCAACAGGUAUGAUGAUGUCACACUGCUAACCGUUUGGUAACAUGUGCUAAAGCAGUUACAUUUACCAGAAAUCGCACUACUCCUUUGUUAAAUGAUGAAUCGGUGUCCAGGAUUCUGCAAAUCCCCAACAUUGGCUCAUAAAGACAAGAGCAGUCUGUCCCGCAGACAGCUUCAGGUGAUGGAGCACUUGACCCCUAUAGUGAUGGUAUACCCCCUCUGCCAUUGAGUGCUAAUAACUUGUAUCCUUCACAAUAAAAGCAUAUUGAUGUUAGGCCAACAGCAGGUGAACUCAAAACAGGAGCUUUAUUUUGAAAGGGGAAUGCUUGUGGUCAGGCUAACAUUAGCUACCUAGCAGAGAUAAGCUAACAUUAUGUAUUUAAAUGCCUGCAAAGUUCCAAAAGUUGUCUUGUAAUUUUUGAUCUCUGUGCUUGAUGUUUGGAGCUUGUUAGGUUGGAACCUAUAAAGACUUAAACUCAUCACAAACACUUUAAAUCAGCAGGAUUACUGACUGAAAGACAAGACGACCUGGACUGCAGGAAAAUUAUGUCAUUUUUUAAAAUGCAGAUUUUAACUUUUAAAGGUGGUUUGAAAAGAUUUUUAACACAUCAGUGUAUCAGGAAACAUCCUCAGUGUUGUUAAAAGACUCAAUGGUGUUUGUACAAAAAAGCUUGCUUUUUUUGCCCAGGUAUUUACACAUGUGUUUGUUUGUUUGUUUCCACAGUAGUAUUUACCCACAAUCCACUUGGCUCAGUGUAAAUAAAACAUUUUUUGUUAAAAAAAAUCUAGAUAUCAAAGUGGGACAUGUUUGUAUUUACGUUCAUGACACAUAACCUCCGUUAGCAUGCAGAUUUGUUAAAGCUGACAGGCUAGGUUAGCUAACGUUAAUACACUUACCACUGCAGUUAAGAAUAAACUGCUCCAAGAUGAACGCCUAACCUUUGUCCAGCUCAGAUAUGCCACAUCAUCUUGACCAAGUUUUUGGCAAAAUCAGAAUUUGGAGUUGAGAAGCGACGUCAUGUAGCCAUGCUAAUAAGCCAGCUAGCAAAAAGCCAAAGACGUGAUGCACUGCCUCAGCGGUAAUGGAUUCCACAGCGAUAAUGGCCGGAACAUACAAACAGUAUAGCGAAUGUUCUCGUUAAUUUUGACACUUUCACCACUAAAUGUAUCAAGAACUAAACGACUGCUCAUAUAACAUUUAAUAAGUGAAAAAGACAGUUAUUCAAACACUCUGCGGUGUUUUUGUGGGCUGUUGUGUCUCUUGUAACAGGACGCCCUUCUACUACAAUCUCCCAUGACCCAAAAAAAGUGCAAAAACAGGAUCCGGCUUGUCUCCUAAGUGGUUGGCUUCUAAAGUGCAGACCUGGCAACUGACUGGCUUAUAAAGUGCAGACCUGGCAACUGACUGGCUUAUAAAGUGCAGACGUGGCAACUGACUGGCUUAUAAAGUGCAGACGUGGCAACUGACUGGCUUCUAAAGUGCAGACUAGGCAACUGACUGGCAUGUAAAGUGUGGACCUGGCAACUGACUGGCUUAUAAAGUGCAGACGUGGCAACUGACUGGCUUCUAAAGUGCAGACGUGGCAACUGACUGGCAUGUAAAGUGUGGACCUGGCAACUGACUGGCUUCUAAAGUGCAGACGUGGCAACUGACUGGCUUCUAAAGUGCAGACUAGGCAACUGACUGGCAUGUAAAGUGUGGACCUGGCAACUGCCUGGCUUAUAAAGUGCAGACGUGGCAACUGACUGGCUUCUAAAGUGCAGACGUGGCAACUGACUGGCUUCUAAAGUGCAGACUAGGCAACUGACUGGCAUGUAAAGUGUGGACCUGGCAACUGACUGGCUUCUAAAGUGCAGACGUGGCAACUGACUGGCUUCUAAAGUGCAGACUAGGCAACUGACUGGCAUGUAAAGUGUGGACCUGGCAACUGACUGGCUUAUAAAGUGCAGACGUGGCAACUGACUGGCUUCUAAAGUGCAGACGUGGCAACUGACUGGCUUCUAAAGUGCAGACUAGGCAACUGACUGACUGGCAUGUAAAGUGUGGACCUGGCAACUGACUGGCUUAUAAAGUGCAGACCUGGCAACUGACUGGCUUAUAAAGUGCAGACGUGGCAACUGACUGGCUUCUAAAGCGCAGACUAGGCAACUGACUGGCAUGUAAAGUGUGGACCUGGCAACUGACUGGCUUAUAAAGUGCAGACGUGGCAACUGACUGGCUUAUAAAGUGCAGACGUGGCAACUGACUGGCUUCUAAAGCGCAGACUAGGCAACUGACUGGCAUGUAAAGUGUGGACCUGGCAACUGACUGGCUUCUAAAGUGCAGACGUGGCAACUGACUGGCUUCUAAAGUGCAGACGUGGCAACUGACUGGCUUCUAAAGUGCAGACUAGGCAACUGACUGGCAUGUAAAGUGUGGACCUGGCAACUGACUGGCUUAUAAAGUGCAGACGUGGCAACUGACUGGCUUCUAAAGUGCAGACGUGGCAACUGACUGGCUUCUAAAGUGCAGACUAGGCAACUGACUGGCAUGUAAAAUGUGGACCUGGCAACUGACUGGCUUAUAAAGUGCAGACGUGGCAACUGACUGGCUUCUAAAGUGCAGACUAGGCAACUGACUGGCAUGUAAAGUGUGGACCUGGCAACUGACUGGCUUAUAAAGUGCAGACGUGGCAACUGACUGGCUUCUAAAGUGCAGACGUGGCAACUGACUGGCUUCUAAAGUGCAGACUAGGCAACUGACUGGCAUGUAAAAUGUGGACCUGGCAACUGACUGGCUUAUAAAGUGCAGACGUGGCAACUGACUGGCAUGUAAAGUGCAGACUAGGCAACUGACUGGCAUGUAAAGUGUGGACCUGGCAACUGACUGGCUUCUAAAGUGCAGACGUGGCAACUGACUGGCUUCUAAAGUGCAGACUAGGCAACUGACUGGCAUGUAAAGUGUGGACCUGGCAACUGACUGGCUUAUAAAGUGCAGACGUGGCAACUGACUGGCUUCUAAAGUGCAGACUAGGCAACUGACUGGCAUGUAAAGUGUGGACCUGGCAACUGACUGGCUUCUAAAGUGCAGACGUGGCAACUGACUGGCUUCUAAAGUGCAGACUAGGCAACUGACUGGCAUGUAAAGUGUGGACCUGGCAACUGACUGGCUUAUAAAGUGCAGACGUGGCAACUGACUGGCUUCUAAAGUGCAGACUAGGCAACUGACUGGCAUGUAAAGUGUGGACCUGGCAACUGACUGGCUUAUAAAGUGCAGACGUGGCAACUGACUGGCUUCUAAAGUGCAGACUAGGCAACUGACUGGCAUGUAAAGUGUGGACCUGGCAACUGACUGGCUUCUAAAGUGCAGACUAGGCAACUGACUGGCAUGUAAAGUGUGGACCUGGCAACUGACUGGCUUCUAAAGUGCAGACGUGGCAACUGACUGGCUUCUAAAGUGCAGACUAGGCAACUGACUGGCAUGUAAAGUGUGGACCUGGCAACCUGCCUGAAAAUGAAAGAAAGGAGCUGUGCCAUCAGCAAGACGAUCAAAAAAAUUUUUUCAAAUUUUUACCCCAACGGAGAACAGUCAAACAAGUUUCAAGCCGUACUCACUGCGAAAGUUAAUGUGCUACCAAUGAUUUUGAGAAUUUUGUUAGUGGGAUUGGCUGGUGAAGAAAAACGUACGUUGUACCUCUGACUACUCCUCAAACUGUGUAUUCAUACAUUCCUGUAGUACUUCAGUUUUGAAAAAAUUGUGACAUACAAAAAUUUGCAAUAAGUGCACAAAUAACAGAAAAAGCUGCAUCGGUUAAUGAAUCGAUUCUGGAAAAUGAAAUCAAAUUUUGGUGUUCCAGGUUUUGUGCGGUGAUUUCUGAGCUCCGUGGGUGAAAUAGUCUUUGUGUAAUCUGAUGAAAUUUGCAUUUUUGUAUCAUUUCGCUUUGUCAGCAAAUGAAGCUUUGUACGUACAAAGUGUGUAUUUGUGUGUGUAUUUUUUUUUUGUUGACAUUGCUGCCUGUUUAUUGAUUAAAAGGCUGCAGCAGAAAUGUAAAAACUUAUGUUUUAAAUGUAAUAAUUGUUUCUCAGUUGUUGGUUUUUUAUCCUUGCUGUCUGCGCAUCGCAAGAUGACCGCUAAUACUAAAGCUAGCUGUGUUGACUUUAAAUGGAAGCUGUCUGUUUUUAUUUGAUGUGAUCUCUGCAGUGUUUAUGCACCACAAACAACAAAACAACAGUUUAUUUGUAGCUGUAUGCUAGUCAGCCAUUAAAUAUUCAACCACGCGCCAUCACGCUAGCAGCAGCGAGGUCAAAGUUCAGGACUUUCAUAUGUUGAUUUUUUUUUUUUUUUACAAAGUUCUCAUCAACUUUUACAUUUGUUUACUGAUUCUCGACCAGAAUCAUUUCUCUGACUAACUAGUACCAACUAGUUAUUUUGUGUUCUGACUAUUGGUGCCACAGAAAGAAAGAGGUCAAAGGUUAAAUGUAACCAUUUUGUUAAAAAAAUGUGUCUUACAAAACUGUCACUUUAUGUGUUAAAGUAAAAAUGAUUUUAAAUAAACUCCAACAUUUUUUU